CAGUAGUGAUUGCCAUUCAAGCUACAAUUGUUUCUCCGGUGAUUUUCAUCAGCAGCAUCACCAGGAAAACAAUGAUGGCAAGCAUUAAUGCCUUUCAAGUCAUGCAAGUUCCUUCAAGAUCCAUUAGCUUGCCUGCUAGAUUAUUACAUCCCACUGCACUAAAAAUUGAAGAAGAGUUUAACAAACUUAAAACCUGCGAUUCAUCAUAUUCAUCUGUGACAACAACCCCUUCCCGCAGCUUCAAGUCUAUUCAAACUGGUUUAAUAAGGCUUUCAGAGUUGUAUAAUUGUGUUGAGGAGCUUGUUCACUCUCCAUUGACACAACAAGCUCUUAACAAUCAGCAACAUGUGGAGUUGGUGGAAGAGGCUCUUGAUAGGUCAAUUGGAUUGCUGGACGCAUGCAGCAAUGCAAGAGAGUUGAUUUUGAGCAUGAAGGAGCAAGUGCAAGAUCUUCAAUCAGCUUUACGCAGAAGGGGUGGAGAUUACUCCAUCAUUGAAGCUAAUAUUCAAGCUUAUAUUAACUUCAGAAAGAAGUCAAAGAAGGACAUUGCAAAGUGCCUUAGAACACUUCAGAGAAUAGAAAUCACCACACAAAAUUUACAUUCAACAAAAGCUGAUCAUCAACAUCUUUUCUUUGUGAUUAAUGUGUUAAAAGAAUCAAGUGCCAUCACAAUCUCAAUUUUCAAAUCCCUCUUAUUCUUCCUGUCCAUGCCAGUGUCAAAAACCAAGUCCAGCGGAUGGUCAAUUUUGAUCUCGAAAUUGAUCCCAGCUGAGAAAGGCCACAAGGUUUUCAACGAAGUGGGGUGUGUGGACAUGGCUCUCUACUCUUUGCAUGAACAAAUCCGAAGAAACAAUGGCAAAGUCGAUGUGCAAAUGGCACUCAAGAAACUAGAGACAGUUGAUGGGAGCAUCAAAGACCUUGAAAGAGGAUUAGAUUUUUUGUUCAGAGGCUUAAUACAAAAUAGAGUGUCACUUCUUAAUGCUCUUACACCUUGAUCAUUGACUAAUAUAUGAUUAAGGUGUGAACAUUUUGUAUAUGUAAAUUGUUCAAAAAACCCAAUUUUGCAAUAGAAUUAUUGUAGUAUAUGACAUUGAGAUCCAUAUAUGUUUUAGUAAUUAUUUGAGUUUAUUUUAGGAUUUAUGUAUAUGAAUAAGGUCCACCCACCGAGUCCCUACUCCCUAACCCACAUACAACUCCUGAAAAUGGCCAUGCGCGGUGGUCAUGGACUCUUCUGUUGGCUUCUAUAAAUUCAACUGAAAAUCAUUCGCCAUUGCAUAAACUCUUCAUUCGAUCUCUCCUUGCACACCUUCCAUGUAAACUUGUCAUGUUUUGUUAACGGAUGAGUUUGAGAUUCAGUUUAUAAGACUG